CGUUUUUAUAAUAAUUUCCCGGGAAACGACGCUGUUGUAGUGUAAACGCAGGUCGAGAUGUCGGACAGUGAGCAGGGCGGGUACGCCAAACGAACAAAAACAAUUUACUAUGGAUCGCUGGAGGAAUCCGAUCGCUGGCACGUUGACCGAAAGGACACCGAUGGCGAAAACGGUGGAUUGGGCAAGACUGACUACAACUCGUUGGUUACAUCCGACGACUACAUGAACCUCGAUGCUGAAGUUGCCAAAGAUAAAGCAGCAUUGCUGGAGGAGUUUGAGCGCAGGAAAAAGGCUCGCCUCAUUCACGUCAGCACGGACGACGAUGAGGUAAAAAGUGCGCUACGGAAGCUGAAUGAGCCAAUCUGUUACUUUGGAGAAGGUCCCGCAGAAAGACGACUGCGUUUGAAGGAUCUCUUGUCGGCGUUGGGUGAAAAAGGGAUUCCCUCGAAACCGGCUAAGGAUGAAGAGAAGCCGAAGGCACAGCAAAAGGAAACUAAUGAAUCGACGUGGUACCACGAAGGGCCGGAAAGUUUACGGCUUGCACGCUUUUGGGUAGCAAACUAUUCGCUCGCGAGAGCUAAAAUCCGGCUGCAGGAAGCGAGCGAAAAAGUGCGCCAGAACUCAUCGACCAAAGCAGGACGCAUGGUGGAGCUGCAAAAGCGCAUCCAGCAACUUGCUCCGCAGUGUAGCCAGGUUGGAGAUACGCGUCCAAUCACCGGAUGCUGCAUCAGUGGCGAUUCAUCGUUGCUACUUACGUGCAGUUUGAGCUCACUAUGCAAAGUCUGGUCCGUUCCCGAUUGCACCCUCAAGCAGACGCUGCGUGGGCACAAGUGCAACGUAAGUGAUGUGGCCUUCCGGCCCGGUGUUGCGAGCGAUAGUAACGCGGAAGUAGCGAUGGCUUCUUGUAGCUUCGACGGCACCGUGAAGCUGUGGUCUUACGACAGCGAAGAAUCGAUAGCUGACAUCAACGGGCACGUGCCACACCGAGUGGCCAAACUAGCUUUUCACCCUUCCGGACGGUUUCUCGGGACGGCGUGCUACGACGCAUCCUGGAGACUGUGGGAUCUGGAGCAAAAACAGGAAGUGCUGCACCAGGAAGGUCACACGAAGGCGGUUCACUGCAUUGCGUUUCAGGGAGACGGCAGUGUAUGCGUGACCGGUGGCUUGGAUGGAUUCGGACGCGUGUGGGACCUACGGACCGGUCGGUGCAUCAUGUUUCUCGAAGGGCACUUGAGCGCAAUUUAUGGGGUCGAUUUUUCGCCCAACGGAUUUCAUAUCGCUUCGGGUAGCCAGGAUAAUUCGUGCAAAAUUUGGGACUUGCGAAGACGCCAGAUGGUGUACACCAUUCCUGCGCACACUAACCUGAUAUCGGAUGUGAAAUAUCAAAAAAGUGGAGGUCAUUUUCUCGUAACCAGCAGUUACGAUAAAACGGCUAAGAUUUGGUCCGAUAAGACAUGGCAGCCACUGAAAACACUGUCAGGACAUGAUGGCCGUCUCGUCGGGAUCGAUAUUUCGCACGACUCGCAGUACAUCGUUACCGCUUCGUACGACCGUACCUUCAAGCUUUGGGCUUGGGACUAA